UUUUGGGUCACACGCACCACCGACUCUGCAAGAGUGCCCAUAGCAAGCGGGGCUGGUGUCUCUGGUACGUGACUGCUGGAGUACCUGAUGGCAGAGCAUCUCCACCUGGCUGGGAAUGCUGCUUAGGACAGUGAAAAGGCUGGAACAACCCCUGCCCACCACCACCGCCUGCAGCUUGCCAUCCGUGGUGAUGCUGAUGGACCUGGGCAGGCUGCUGCAGAGAGUCAGUGUUGCUGAAGAGGCUGUUCUGCCCAAUACCCAGCUGUGCUCCUGUCCAAGAAGACUGAGACUCACCAAGCAAGGAGCAAGUAAAAUGGACCAAGAAAAGAGAGGAAUGGUCUGCCUUCAGAAGUGGACACCUAGAGAAGAUCCACUCAAGAGGCUUUUAGGAUAGAAUAUGAUACCUUUGGUGAACUGAAGGUCCCAAGUGACAAAUACUAUGGUGCCCAGACUGUAAGAUCUACAAUGAACUUCAAGAUUGGAGGUGUUUCAGAAAGAAUGCCAGUUCAAGUUAUAAGGGCUUUUGGCAUCCUGAAGAGAGCAGCUGCUGAAGUAAAUCAAGAUUAUGGUCUCGACCCAAAGAUUGCUAAUGCUAUCGUAAAGGCAGCAAAUGAGGUGGCUGAAGGAAAAUUAAAUGAUCACUUUCCAUUGGUGGUGUGGCAGACUGGUUCUGGAACUCAGACCAAUAUGAAUGUCAAUGAAGUCAUCAGCAAUAGAGCCAUUGAGAUAAUGGGGGGCAAACUGGGGAGCAAAACCCCAGUACAUCCGAAUGAUCAUGUUAACAAAAGCCAGAGUUCAAAUGACACUUUCCCAACGGCAAUGCAUAUUGCUGCUGCCCAGGAGGUUAAUGAGGUGUUGUUACCUGGCCUAAAGAAGCUACAGAAUGCACUUGAAGCAAAAUCCAAAGAGUUUUCCCAAAUCAUAAAAAUAGGGCGCACUCAUACACAAGAUGCUGUUCCACUUACGCUUGGACAGGAAUUCAGUGGCUAUGUGCAACAAAUUAAAUACGGUGUGGCUAGGAUUGAGUCAACCAUGCCACGGGUGUAUCAGCUGGCAGCUGGCGGGACUGCAGUUGGUACAGGAUUAAACACAAGAAUUGGCUUUGCUGAGAAAGUUGCUGCUAAAGUGGCUGAACUGACAGGUUUGCCUUUUGUCACUGCUCCAAACAAGUUUGAAGCUCUUGCGGCUCAUGACGCUCUAGUUGAACUCAGUGGAGCUAUGAACACAGUGGCAUGUAGUCUGAUGAAAAUAGCUAAUGAUAUUCGUUUCCUGGGUUCUGGACCACGCUCUGGACUAGGAGAACUCAUCCUGCCUGAAAACGAACCAGGAAGCAGCAUUAUGCCAGGAAAAGUGAAUCCUACCCAGUGUGAAGCUGUAACUAUGGUGGCAGCCCAAGUUAUGGGAAACCAUGUUGCUGUUACUGUAGGAGGUAGCAAUGGACACUUUGAACUGAAUGUUUUUAAGCCCAUGAUGAUUAAAAAUGUUUUAAACUCUGCGAGACUUCUUGGAGAUGUUUGUGUUUCUUUCACUGACAACUGUGUAGUUGGAAUCCAAGCCAAUACGGACAGGAUCAACAAACUUAUGAGUGAAUCUCUGAUGUUGGUAACAGCACUGAACCCACAUAUAGGAUACGACAAAGCAGCUAAGAUUGCCAAAACUGCGCACAAAGAAGGGACAACGUUAAAAGAAGCCGCUCUAAAGCUGGGAUUCCUUACGUCAGACCAGUUUGAUCAGUGGGUGAAGCCUAAAGAUAUGUUAGGUCCUCAGUAACUGCUUUACGGGGGGGGAAAAAAAAAAGUGUUGUUAACAUGAAAAAUAAAUAAGUACAACAUG